GUUAUUUGUUCUCCAUGUGGCCAUCACUUUGUGUUUAUUUUGGCAUUACUUUAUUUUGUAUUCAAAGGAGUUUGUGUUGUCAGUGAGUCACUCAGCUCAGUGAUUACGAAAUAAUUUUGAAUGGAUAAUACUGUGGUAAUGCCUGAGAUAACAAACCAAAUAAUAUAGAGCAAAGAAUAGAAACCGCAGACAAAAGUUCUUUAUCUGUGUCAGAUCACUAACAACGAGGACCGUUUUAUUAUGCAAAUUAUUUUGAACUUUUCCAAGAGAAUGUUGAACAACAGAGGGCGCACUCCAUAGCUAGUGAUUGUAAACAACAUGGCAGCCGACUACAUGAGACAGAAAUUGACUUCUUUUUCAGAGGCAAUUUUCCCUGCAAAACCCUUAAGAGAUAACAGACAACACCAUGUCAUCAGGCCAGGGAAUGAACUGGUCACCAAUCUUCCUCUUCAGAUGGCUUUAUACUUCAAUGUUUUCUUCUUUCCGUUCUGGAUCAUCAGUGCAUUGGCGCUCCUACAGCUCAAGUUCUACUACUUGGAUGACAUAUUCCGCUUUGUGUCUGUGACUAUCUACGUAGUGAUGGGAGGCACAGAGGUGAUGAGGCUGUAUCUAGGAUACCUCGGCAACCUUCAAGAAAGGGUUCCAGAGCUGGCUGGAUUCUGGCUCCUUACACUAGUACUUCAACUCCCCCUCAUCAUUUUCCUGCUCGCUGUGGAGCGUGCGAUGCCACUCCCAGUCGAGCGUGCCAUUCACAUUGUCCAACUCCUCUUCAUAGUCUUUGAGGUCAUCUGCGGCUUCCUCGCUCUGCGGAUCAUGACAAGACACCAAAUCAUGAAGUUCCACUUGCAGGAAUUUGACACGAUCUUUGACCUUGAGGAUGGUCAUCCUGAGGUCAUGGGUCGGUAUGUGCCACUAGCGUGAUUUGCAUAUGUUUCGACAACACUUUAUAAUCUUGCGACUGAUGACCAGACAAUAGAUCAUGAAGUUUCACUCGGGCCACUUGGGGGAAUCUGAUGUGGUCUUCGGCGCUCUCAAUCACUUCCGGGGGUAUAUUCAUUCAUACCCAAAACAGUUAUUAAAGAUUGGAACACAUUACCA